AUUCAAGCAGAUCAGCCAGGUGUGGUUUGGUUUCUUCUUCUUUUUGUAUAUUUUUUUCCCUGGCCAUUUUCUGUGAAUUCCUAGUCUCGGUUCUGGUGAACUGAACUAGCCCCGAUAUAUUUGACAAUGCUCGUCACGGUUGCUACGGCCCUCCUGGCCUUAACUGGUAGUCUUGUCAACGCCCAUGGGUCACAUUCGAGCGAGCAGAAUCCCUCUACAGAUUGGGCUACCCGACACAUGCAAGAGGAACACCACAUUGAUACCUUUGACGGCGACUCUUUCUUUACGCUUCACGAUUACGACUCUUCCGGAGGUUGGACGCCUGAUGAAGUACGGAAAACAUAUGGCAUGGAUGACGAGACAAAUGCAGGGUUAAGCGAGGAGAGGAAGCUAGAGGCUCUGAGGGAGGUCUUCUCUCUAUUUGACCCAACAAACACCGGCUUCAUUAGUCGCAACAACUGGAUGCGCCUUAUUUCCAACGGGGUAAAAUUACCGGAUUUCGGCUUUGGGCCAGGGCAUCACGGCGAUAUUGAGUACGAAUACGAGAUUCAUCAUUUUGAAAAGUAUCAUGGAGAGGAUGCGACUGAGGAUGAACUCACGCAUCCCGAAGACAUCGAACAUUUCCGGCGACACGAUGAAGAAGACGAUGCCAGAGCGAGGCUCGAAGAGCUGGAGCAGAUGUCAAUUGUUGUGGCAAACAUUCCACGAAAGUUCCUGAAGCAGGUUUGAAUUUUAUGUACAUUUAGUUUCCUGUUUCGAUAUGUAUAUAUGUCUCGGCGUUUUUGUAGCUUGCUGCUUCACCAUAAGGAUAUAGUUCUAUCGCAUACCCUUCUUGUGACUCGCUAGAGCUUCAUAGAGCGACAGUAUAGAUGA